AUGGCAAAUCAUAGCCUCUUUUCUUUUGUUCUUGUAGUGAUCAUCUUCAUGUGCUUGAUAGCAUAUGGGAAGAGUUAUGAUCCACUACCCACUCUUGAAGUCAUGAAUGGCUUACCUGAAUCGUAUGUAUCACAGCCAUUAGACAUUCGCAUCAAGUCACAACAUAGACCCCUUGAUGAGCGCACUCUCAGGGUGGGUGAGAGCUUCCAAUUGAUGGUUGCCACACCGACAACAUAUUACCUUUACACAACCCUUGGAAGCCAAUCUGCCAGUGUUAGUGUAUUUGAGCCAACGAGAGAUGGAGGUCAUAGCAUAGUCUAUUCCCUGGUGAAAGAGGAUGGGUUUUAUCUUAGCUAUGACAAAGUUACUUGGAAGAUAAUCGAUACAUGGCAGAAGUGA